GCCCAAUAAACACUGGUCGCAUCUCGCCUGAGUAUAACUCCAGCCAUUACCCAAUCGACUGCUUGAAGAGGCACUGAGCUGCAGCACGCAACCACUCACCAACUUUCUUGUUUGUAGACGAAGCGGAUUCGGAUCGGGUUGAUGGUGAGGUCCUCACCGGUAUUUCUGUAGCUAUAGCAAAGGAAAAAGGCUGCUCAGAAUCAUUGCCAGUGAAACCCUAGGAAUCAUGUACAUAAUGAGGAAAUCAUUUGGGUGUUUGCUCGGACUCAGCUUUAGGUUUCCGAUUAGCUGGAAGGAGUGUUGAAUUUCAGUGUGUCUCUUCUGAGUUUUAUCUGGAGCCGGUCGAAAAAAAGGAGAAAAAAAGAGUAAAGUCAAGCCUUAUUCGAUCGAGGGUUUUACAUCUGAUUGUUCUGGGUGAGAUGAUUUUGGUGGCGAGACGACUUAUGUUGGCUGCAGCAGCUAUGGUCAACUGGUGAGAAAGUUUUCAAGGGUUUCUUGACACUUGACAGCCUUUAAGGGAGCCAUGGACAUAGAUGAGGAAAUCCCCGCCUUAACCCCACCCACUGCCCCCUCUCCAGUCACCAUCAAUGAAAUCGCGCUUCCUCCUCCUAUCGACCCUAUCCUGGUUCCGCCAGCUCAGCCCUUAAUCCCGCCUGUCAUCACAACCCCCCUCAUACCCCCUAUUGCCCCUAUUCCAAGACCAUUAGCUCCGUUACCCGUCCUCCGGCCACAGAAUGGUGGAGACUCUAAACCCGGAGAUUCCGAUUCCGAUCCCGAUUCCGAUGAGUCGUCCCAGAGAUACCAAGUGUCGGAGGAAAGCAAGGUGGAUAAGGAAAGGCAGGAGAAAGCUGUGCAGGAACUUCUCAUGAAGCGCCGGGCAGCCGCCUUAGCCGUCCCCACCAAUGACAACGCCGUGCGGGCCCGGCUCAGGCGGCUGGGCGAGCCCAUUACCCUCUUUGGGGAGAGGGAGAUGGAAAGGCGGGACCGUUUGAGGGCGCUUAUGGCAAGGCUCGAUUCCGAGGGGCAGCUGGAGAAGCUGAUGAAAGCCCACGAGGACGAGGAGGGAGCAGCAUCGGGCGCGGUUGCGGAGCCCGAGGAGGAUAUUCAGUACCCGUUCUAUACGGAGGGCUCGCGUGCCUUGCUCGAGGCUCGGAAGGAGAUUGCAAAGUAUUCGCUCGUGAAGUCUGCUUCGAGGCUCCACCGGGCGAAAAGGAGAAAAGAGGACCCGGAUGAGGAUUUGGAUGCUGAGGUGGAGUGGUCGUUGAAACAGGCUCGGAAUCUGGUGUUGGAGUGCAGUGAGAUCGGGGAUGAUCGGCCGCUCUCGGGUUGUUCGGUUUCGCAUGAUGGGAAAAUGCUUGCCACCUGCUCUAUAAGUGGAGUUGCAAAAGUAUGGACCAUGCCCGACGUAAAAAAGGUGUCCUCGCUAAAAGGACACACUGAACGAGCCACCGAUGUAGCAUUCUCCCCAAUCAACCACCAAUUGGCCACUGCCUCAGCCGACCGAACGGCAAAGCUAUGGAAUCACGAUGGGUCGGCCCUCCGAACAUUCGAGGGCCACUUGGACCGUCUUGCCCGUAUUGCCUUCCACCCAUCCGGAAAAUUCCUAGGCACGGCUAGCUUUGACAAGACUUGGAGAUUAUGGGAUGUCGAGACUGGCGAGGAGUUGCUCUACCAGGAAGGCCAUAGUAGGAGUGUGUACGGAAUAUCUUUCCAUCACGAUGGCUCUUUAGCGGCUUCGUGUGGGCUCGAUUCUCUUGCUCGUGUGUGGGACCUUAGGUCCGGGAAAAGUAUUCUCGCUUUCGAAGGGCAUGUGAAGCCGGCUUUAGGUGUGAGUUUCUCUCCCAAUGGCUAUCACUUGGCCACUGGUGGUGAAGACAACACUUGCAGGAUAUGGGAUUUGAGGAAGAGGAAAUCUUUGUACAUAAUACCGGCUCAUUCGAACCUUAUUUCACAGGUCAAAUUUGAGCCUCAGGAGGGCUACUUUCUGGUUACGGCUUCGUAUGAUAUGACUGCUAAGAUCUGGUCUUCAAGAGAUUUUAAGCCUGUGAAGACACUAUCUGGUCAUGAAUCAAAAGUUACAUCUUUGGAUAUCGUCGGAGAUGGACAGUGCAUUGCGACUGUUUCUCAUGACCGAACGAUCAAGUUAUGGUCGGCUAGAGAAUCUGAGAAAGAUAAGGAUAUGGAAGUUGACUAGCUUUGGGUGGGAUUUUUACUACUUUAAAUUCAUUCAGAGGACUUCUGUUGCAUGGAAGAAAACUGCGGUUAUCUUCUCAAAUGAAGAAAUUAUUGUUGCGAGAUAAAAGUACCGUUAUGCCCUAAAUGAGAUCGUGCUGUUGUAUCACUAAGCAUGAAUUAUGAAUAUACUGGUUUUUCUGUAUGUUACCCUUUUGUGACUUGGAAGUUAUAUUUUUCUUUUAUGUUCAGAAAAAUCAGUCUCUAUUUUACUUUUAUGUUCAGAAAAAUCCAACAUGAGGAAGAGAAAUUAUUGUUGCACUGAGCAUUUUUCGUCGUUUCCGAUGUCUUUUUAGCAAAUUAAAUAUUAUCUAUAGAAUUGUUUUUUACUAUUUAUUUUGGUAUUAUACCUGUUUAUUCGAAGAAACUAAUAUAACAACUGUAGUCAUU